AACCGACUGAUCCACCUAGAAGAACCCGACGAGCUUUAUUGUCGUUCAAAUCUCCAUGCCUUACAGAGUUGAGUACACUAAAAGCGCCCGUGGCAGCUGCAAUGCCUGCAAGCAGAAGAUGGAAAAGGGCCUAUUGAAGCUUGGAUCUUUCGUUCAAAGUUCGAGCUUUUCCUCCUGGUCAUGGAGAGAAUGGGGCUGUGUCACAGACAAGCAGAUCGAGAACCUCAAAUCAGACGUGGACGAGGAUGCCGAAGCUGUUGACGGCUAUGAAGACUUGAACGAGGAGGAUCAGGAAAGGAUCAAGGCUGCCUUUGAGGUUGGACAUAUCGCCGAGGAAGACAUCUCGGAGGGCCACAAGAACAAAGAACAAGAGAAGGUCCAGAAGGCAGAGGAGAAGACAGCAGCGAAGGAAGCAGAGAAGGCGGCGAAGCGAGAGGCCUCGGUUUCGGAUGUGGACGAGAAGCCUGCCAAGAAGGCAAAGAAGGAGUCGAAGCCGAAAGCAACUCCCAAGAAGAAAGCACCGACAAAGAGAGGCAAGGCAAAGCAAGAGGCGUCUGAAGAUGAAGAGGAGGCGAAGCUGACUGAAGAUGAGGAAGAGGCUGAGUUCACGGAGGAGGAAGAGGAGGAAAAGCCAAAGAAGAAGUCGAAGAAGGCUUCCAGGGAGGCUGCACCUUCUCGUCGUGCAGCUCCCAGGCGUGCCGCGGCAGCCAAGAAGUCAUUGGCGGAAGACGACUUAGAGGACGAGGUCGAGGAGGACGAGGCACCGAAGAAGACCCGCGGAAGAAAGCUCGCCAAGAAGGCUGCUGCCAAGGAUGACGAAGACGUCACCGAGGACGACGAGUAG